CCCGGCGCUGGGGCCGGGGCCGGGGCCGGGAUCGGUGCCGGUGCCGCCCCUUGGCCGCCCGCCGCGGGAAGGGCCCCAUAAAGGCGGCGGCGGGGCGGGCGAGGCGCGGAGCGGCCCCGGGAGCAGCAGGCGGCUGCGCUGCCCCAUGCACUGCAGCAGAAUGAUACAGGUCUUGGACCCGAGACCCUUGCCAAGCUCCAUCAUGCCCGUGGACGUGGCCAUGAGAAUUUGCUUAGCCCACUCUCCACCCCUGAAGAGUUUUCUCAGCCCCCUUGAGGACUGUCAAAGAAACAACUUUGUGAACAGAUUCAAACCUCUUAGACCGUGUCUUCACGUGAAACGUGACUCCGAAGCUCAGAAGAGCGACUGGAACCGCUCGGCGGCCCGAGCUAAGAAGCGAGUUGUGUUUGCAGAUUCGAAGGGGCUGUCCCUGACAGCGAUACACACCUUCUCCGAGUUCCAGGAGCAACCUGGAUGGGAUCUUCAGUUUGACCUCUUGGGCCUUGAAAACAUAACAUCUGGCUUAAAGCUACAUGAGGAGAAAAACUUGAUUCUGGGUUUCCCUCGACCCUCAGCUGACUACCUGGACUUCAGGAAUCGCCUGCAGAAGAACUUGGUCUGCCUGGAGAACUGCACCCUGCAAGAGAAGGUGCUCUCGGGCACUGUGAAAGUAAAAAACAUGAGCUUCGAAAAAAAGGUUCAGGUUCGAAUCACCUUUGACACGUGGAAGACCUACACGGACGUUGAGUGUGUGUACAUGAACAAUGUUUACAACGAUUCUGAAAAUGACACCUUCUCAUUUUCCAUUGACGUGCCUCCUGCCGUUUCCUCUGAAGAGAAGAUAGAGUUUUGCAUUUCUUACCAAAGCAGAGAACAUACCUUCUGGGACAAUAACGAGGGUCAAAAUUACAAGAUUGUCCACGCAGAGUGGAAGCCUGAUGGCGUUCAGAUACCAUCUGCCGAGAAAGACUGUGGAGAUCUUCAGACUCCAAGGAGAGGACAAGAGAGAGAGCCUGAUCAACUAGGCAGUCCGAGGCUGUCCAGUGGUCUCUUUCCCCAGUGGCAGAGCUUGGGUCGGAUUGAAAAUUCAUCACCGUAUUGGUGAUCCAUACCAGUGAGGAAGCAUUCUUCCAUUUGGCAACAGAACAGUGUCAGCUUCCUGGUUCACAUACUACAUGAUGAAACCACCCGACAGGUUUUUUUUGGCUGGCUGAACAAAUCCAAAUUCACUAGUCUGUGGGACUUGUUAAACCAUAUUAUGCUACUGAAGUUCUUAGCCAAAACUUAUCCUUGGAAAGAAAGAAAACCAAGAUAAAACCCAUGUGUACGCCACCUACUAUAGAGAUAGCAUGCCCCUAUCUUAAGUAAACGCUGCUUUCUUUCUGCUGUAGGCUCUCGCUGAGUCAGUAGGUGUGAGACUCUCGCGAGGAGGUAUGGAAGGCAAUGGUAUCUUAGCAAGCAGUAGUAACUGCAUGUGUGAGAGUGUGUGUGCCUGCACAGGGACAUUACGUGAACAGAACAUCACAGUGAAUUUUGCACCUAUUAGGAGUGCUAUAGAGAUGAGGUGCUGUGGUCGGGACGGAGGUGUGCUAUGACCCUCUAUGUGCUUGUAGCAGAGGCAGGUAGGAAUGUGGGUCUGUACAGGCUUGUGGCGUCUGGGGUUUGUGGUGUCAGUACAGGUUAAGAAACUUGGAGAGGAUAAUGGAAAAGUGGGAGAAAGGGAAGAGGUAGGAUGCGCUGUAUAACUUGGAGAUGUACAGUGUUCUAAUUUCUUCUUUCCAAAGCUGGUCUUCUAAAUCCCAGAUUUUAGAAAUCUCAAUUCUGUGGGUUAAAAAGGAGAAUGCAGAAAAGGAUCCAGAGGAUCGUGGAAGUGACUGCUGCUUUGGGAAGACACGUCUGCCCUCGUUGGCUUUGGGAAUAAUAAGUGUCUUGCAUCUGAGAACAAAUCUAACCUUGACUUCAUCAUCCUACUCACUUAGAAGGCAGAUGGUUACCUUUUAAUGUUAAAAGAAAAACGUGCCUUUAAAAAAAAACCAAACCACCCUACAUGCCAAAAAAUAGGGUUAGGUGACAAAACAGACCAAGUGAUUUGCAAACUUCCUAGUCUGUAGCAGCAUGAGAUGAUUUGACUCAUCACCUGAGCUGAUCUUACAGCAUCUGAUGGUGAAGUGUCCUGCUCCCUAUUGCAGAGUUAGCAAUGACUUUUCACAAGUGUGUAACAUAGGUAAGGUCCUUCAUAUUGAAGACAGUGAGUUAGCUGCACGUUGUGAAAGCUUAUUUCUUUAAAAGAGCAGGGUUGCUACUAGUUUUUUCUAGACUGAAUAUAGGCUUGCACAUAAAUAGAAAAAACUGCUCUGUUUUAUUGUACCUCAUUUUUUGAAGAUUUUUUUUUUUACUUCAGUAAAGUAAUGUGUAUUUUUUAUCUGUAUGCUUAUAAUUUAGCUUUCUGAGCUGUCAAACUGUGUUUCAUGCAAGAAUUCAGAGAAAUUGUCUAAUGUGUACUCAGCAGGUGUGAAUACCGGCACAUCUUUUAGCUUUACAGAAAUGGUGUUAACAUCAAAAUGUAAAAAUCACAUUUUUGCCCAUUGCUGAGAAGUAUAACAUCCUGAGUCUGAAGGUACUUGCAGUGCAGUGAGACAAUAAAUUCUAAGGGGAAAUAAGCCUCCUCCACUAAUUGCACUUUUUCCCUAUGUAACCCUUGCUCUUAUGUGUAAACUAGCCAUUUUAAGAAUAAAUUGUAUUUUGAUACA